CAAAGAAGUCAGUCCGCCGGGAGCCAGCGUCGAGGGAGGAUAUUACCGCUCGUUGCUCCGGCCUCAUGGGUGUGUGCGUUGCGUGCCUCACUAACUUCUAACUCCCGCUCACCUGGCCGCGGCAAUGCAUCACUCAGGGUCAUCCUCGCACGAAUUCAGAAAGGGUCCGGGGCCGCGGGGGAGAGGCUGCUGCAGUGUUAGCUUCCUCAAGUAUGUGCUCUUCAUCUUCAACUUCCUCUUCCUCGUGGGCGGGGUGGCCGUGCUGUCCGUGGCGGCGUGGACCGUGGCGGAGGAACACACGUACGUGGCCGUGCUCACCACCACCACGUACGCCACCACGGCCUACCUGCUGCUACUGGCCGGCCUGCUCGCCCUGCCCGCCGCCCUGCUGGCCUGCUGCGCCGUUCACAAGGAGGACAAGUGCUACCUGCUGAUGUACACGUUCCUGCUGCUGUUCGUGUUCCUGCUGGAGGCCGCGGCGGGGGUGCUGGCCUACGUAUACGAGGAGCAGGUGAAGGGGGAGCUGGGCCACACCCUCCAGGGCACCUUCAGGAGCUCCUACGGCACGGACGAGGCUGCCACGCUGGCCAUCGACACACUGCAACAGGAGUUCGAUUGCUGCGGCGCGCUGAGUUACAGGGACUGGAAAGACAGCGAGUGGGUUCUGAGCGGUGCUGCCAACAACAACACCGUGCCCGACUCCUGCUGCAAGACGCCCUCACCCUAUUGUGGGGUCAGGGAUCACCCCUCCAACAUCUGGUAUAAUGGGUGCAUCCAUAGCCUGGGGGAGGAGCUGGCGGCCCAUUUGGUGGUGCUGGGCGCGGUGGGCUGCGGCUUGUGCGUGCUGCAGGUGCUGGGCAUAGUGCUGGCCUGCUGUCUCUACCUCAAGCUGCGCAGCGCCGAGGACCAUGGGUACUAGCGCCAAGGACCUCCACGCCAUCUUUCACAGCUAAGGAGGCGCGCGCUGGGACGGUGGUUCUGGAGCUAAAUGGGACACGUUGGGCGAUAGUUUCAUUUAUCAAGUCAAGCAGGUUACACUGGGGCACUGCUUAACUUCAUUUCACUUUCUUUACACUUUCUUUAUUCAAGCCAAACAAGACACACUGGGCCGAUGGUUGUCAUUAUUCAAGCCAAACAAGACACACUGGGCCGAUGGUUGUCAUUAUUCACAUCAAACAAGACACACUGGGCCGAUGGUUGUCAUUAUUCAAGCCAAACAAGACACACUGGGCCGAUGGUUGUCAUUAUUCAAGCCAAACAAGACACACUGGGCCGAUGGUUCUCAUUAUUCACGCCAAACAAGACACACUGGGCCGAUGGUUCUCAUUAUUCACGCCAAACAAGACACACUGGGCCGACGGUUCUCAUUAUUCACGCCAAACAAGACACACUGGGCCGAUGGUUGUCAUUAUUCACGCCAAACAAGACACACUGGGCCGACGGUUCUCAUUAUUCACGCCAAACAAGACACACUGGGCCGAUGGUUGUCAUUAUUCACGCCAAACAAGACACACUGGGCCGAUGGUUGUCAUUAUUCAAGUCAAACAAGACACACUGGGCCGAUGGUUGUCAUUAUUCAAGCCAAACAAGACACACUGGGCCGAUGGUUGUCAUUAUUCACAUCAAACAAGACACACUGGGCCGAUGGUUGUCAUUAUUCAAGCCAAACAAGACACACUGGGCCGAUGGUUGUCAUUAUUCACGCCAAACAAGACACACUGGGCCGAUGGUUGUCAUUAUUCACCCCAAACAAGACACACUGGGCCGAUGGUUGUCAUUAUUCACGCCAAACAAGACACACUGGGCCGAUGGUUGUCAUUAUUCACAUCAAACAAGACACACUGGGCUGAUGGUUGUCAUUAUUCAAGCCAAACAAGACACACUGGGCCGAUGGUUGUCAUUAUUCACGCCAAACAAGACACACUGGGCCGAUGGUUGUCAUUAUUCAAGUCAAACAAGACACACUGGGCCGAUGGUUGUCAUUAUUCAAGUCAAACAAGACACACUGGGCCGAUGGUUGUCAUUAUUCACGCCAAACAAGACACACUGGGCCGAUGGUUGUCAUUAUUCACCCCAAACAAGACACACUGGGCCGAUGGUUGUCAUUAUUCACGCCAAACAAGACACACUGGGCCGAUGGUUGUCAUUAUUCACGCCAAACAAGACACACUGGGCUGAUGGUUGUCAUUAUUCACGCCAAACAAGACACACUGGGCCGAUGGUUGUUAUUAUUCACGCCAAACAAGACACACUGGGCCGAUGGUUCUAGUCUAAGCAGAAGCAGGGCAGCUAAGCAGGCUACGCUGGGUCGGGGGUUCUCACACUGCUCUUGUACUGGAACCUAAUACUUGAUAGUGACCCUUAUAACCCGUCCACAAUGUGCCGACUCUGGGCCACGACAACCCCAAAGACUUAUAGGACCCCUUCACAGUCUACCGACUCAACAUCCGGCGAUCGUUUCUAGACCUCUCUCCGACCAUGUGCAACCCUUUCACAUCAACGGUGUAAGGGUAGGCGGUGGCUGAGUGGUUAGCGUGCUGGGCUCACAUUCCCGGCGCCCUGGACAACAUCGGUUCGAAUCCCCGCUCUAUCACCUGGGAUUUUUCAGGCACCGCCGAGUGGCCUAAGACUACCCACAUGCUGUCCAGGAGACCACCCAUCAACCCGGACUCUAGAAGAAACCGUCCAGUGAAUCGAGAAUGAGUCCGGGGGGCAGCAUGAGCCAAACAUAACUGGCGCUACUAUAAAAAAACAAAAAAACGGUUCACACCCAAGACCUCGUGUACCCUGACUCGCUGGGUUGUCGUGGCCCAUAGUCGGCAAAGUGUUGAACGGGGUCUUACGCGUGAGUUAGGAGGCCCAGAAAACACAACUAUCAACAGAAUAACAUCAGCUGAGUAGGAUGAUGAUAGCCCAGCAGAGGGUGUUAGUGAAAUAGGCUCAGAUUGAAUACAGAUACGCAGGAAUAGGUUGAGAAAUGGAGUGGUGUAUGAGUGGAACAGGCUUGGUGGUCAUGUGGUGAGUGCCAGUAUGUACGAUAGAUACCUUCAAGGAGAGGUUAGAUCAAGUCACGGAUACACACACACACACACACACACUCUCUCUCUCUCUCUCUCUCUCUCGUCACCUCCUUGAGUCUGCAUCCGCUAAGGAAAAAAAACAUCCUCACACACACACACACACACACACACACACACUUGAUAUUGGUAUGAUAAUUUUCUUUACAUUUUAUCAAGUCUGUGGUGUAUUUUUUCUUCUUUUUCUUUUAGUUUCAUUUGCCGUGUUUGAUCUUAUUCUUUCGUCUGUGAAUGUUCAGUUUUGUUAGGAUUCGAUUUCGCGGCAUUUGUAUAUAUAUAUUUCUUUUUUUUUUUUUCUUUUUUUUUUUUUGGUAUUUGUUUACUUUGCGUUUUUCUGUGGUUUUUUUUAUGUUGAUGUUUGUGUUUGUGUUUUGUUGAUUGACUGGUUGACUGAUUGAUUGAUUAAGUGGUUGAUUGACUGACUGACUGACUGACUGACUGAUUGCUUGACUAGCUGAUUGAUUAACUAACUGACUGACUGACUAACUGACUGAUUGAAUGAUUGACUGACUAACUGACUGACUGCCUGCCUGACUAACUGACUGACUCAUUGACUGACUGAGAUAUUGACUGACUGACUGAGUGUUCCCGCGUAUACACUUCACCGAGGACAACGUGCGGCUCUGCUGACGAAGAGUUCUAAUCAGUUACACUUCGUCAAAAGCAAACGGUUAGGAGGAAAAGAAAAAGCUUACUAUUAAUUUACCGAAACUUUCACAACUGUAACUCUGUACUUAACUGUAUAUAUUUGUACAUAAAAAAGAGCUUCUAUACUAACUUAAGCGUCUGCGUAGUUAAUGAUAAUGAUGAUAAUAAUAAUGAAAAUAAUGAUGAUAACAAGUCCCACCAUUAAGUCUCAGCGCCGAGCUUUAUUAACACAUUAUUACUUUAUUUUAUAGCAAUACUUUCAUUUAUUUUUACUUAUAGCAAUGCGUACUUUCAUGAGGAAGGUAUCAGGACACCUCUCCUCCCGUAAUUGACCCCCCUUUCGGCCACCUCUUCAGAUGCAUUACAGGAGCAGCGAGUAGCGGGCUUUUUUAUUAUUGUUUCCUUUUUUUGUGCCCUUGUGCUGUCUCCUUUGCUGUAAAAAAAAAAAAAAAGCCAUCUACAGGAAAGGCACAACGCCGGACUAGUCUGGUGCUACACACACACUCGCGAAUCCAUGCUUAGGGGGGCACACUGUGGGUCCCUUAAAAGCAUGUUUGGAUACACGUAGAAGAUAUUGAUUUAGAAGCAAAGUUUGGGGAUUUUUUUCAAUCUAAAUUCAAAAGCAAUCGAAAUUUGCAAAAAAACAACAACCCUCCUAUGAACCUCUCACCAGAAAGUUUAUUUUUUUGUCGCGUUCAGGCAAGUUUAUGAAAAAUUUGUGUUGAAUCUCAUAGAAGAUAUUGAUUUAGAAGCAAAGUUUGGGCAUUUUUUUCAAUCUAAAUUCAAAAGCAAUCUAAACUUGCAAAAAAAAAAAAAAAAAAAAAACUAUAAACCUCUCACCAGAAAGAAAGUUUAUUUUUUUGUCGCGUUCAGGCAUGUUAUGGGAAAUUUGUGUUGAAUCUCGUGUGUUAAUAUUUCGUGUGUCCUGUGAUAAAGUUGUGUGUUAGAUUAUAUGGACAUAGAUGAUUCUCCGUAUGUCAAGAUUCAUAUGGACAUUCAUGUUUCUCCUUGUGUUACAGAAAGAGCAUAAGAUCAACACUUUUUUUUUAUAAGUAAUACAAAGAAUAGAGCAGAUAGAAAAAAAUAUCAUGAUUCACCUCGGAUAACUAAUACAGUGAAUAUAUGGAGAAACUUUAUUUUAUGUAUAUGUCAAGGUUCCAGAGUUGGGUGCUGUAAUCGAACUACUUUUUUGUGUAUUUCUGCAGCGCGUUUUUAGUCGUUUCUUAAUCAUUCGUUCUGUCCACGUCUAUGAAGAAGGCCAAGUAAUAUAUAGUAUGGCAGUCGUGGGCAAAUUAUGAACUUUUUAUCAAUUAUCGUAACUACUUUUUUGUGUGUAUUUCUGCAGCACGUUUUCGGUCGUUUCUUAAUCAUUCGUUCUGUCCACGUCUAUGAAGAAGGCCAAGUAAUAUAUAGUAUGGCAGUCGUGGGCAAAUUAUGAACUUUUUAUCAAUUAUCGUAACUACUUUUUUGUGUGUAUUUCUGCAGCACGUUUUCGGUCGUUUCUUAAUCAUUCGUUCUGUCCACGUCUAUAAUUGUUUGUAAAGAAGGCCAAGUAAUUCAUAUUGUGUUGCUGUUCUGGGCAAACACCAACAUCCUAUUAACUAUCGUAACUAUUAUAUUUUUAGUUCUACAGCUCGUUUCUAGUUGUUCUUUAUUAUUCAACUCGUUCACGCCUAGUUUACGAAGGGGACCAAAUGGAUAACGUAUAUUCUUAGACAUUCAUUCUUUGGCAAAUUAUGAAGCUUCUAUCAACCAUGUAACUAUCUUUUUUUGUGUGUAUUUCUGAGGCCCGUUUUCUGUUAUUUCUUAAGCAAUAGUCUUGUCCACGCCUAGUUUACAAAGAAGACCAAAUAGAUCACGUAUAUUUUUAGGCAUUCAUUCUUUGGCAAAUUAUGAAGCUUCUAUCAACCAUGUAACUCCCUUUUUUUGUCUAUUUCUCAAGCCCGUUUUCUGUUGUCUCUUAAUCAAUAGUCUUUUCCAUGUUUAGUUUACAGUGAGGACCAAAUAGAUCACGUAUAUUCUAAGGUAUUCAUUCGUAGAUAGAAUAUGCGGAUUCUAUCAAUUAUUAACUAACUUUAAGUGUGUUUCUACAGCCCGUUUUCGCUUGUUUCUUAAUUAAUAGUCUUGUCUACGUCUACGUCGGUGUGGAAUCCUUUCUACAUCGUCUUGUCUGGCGUAUGAAGAGGAUCAAACACCAUACAUUUAGCUAUAAAAGGGUUGAGUGGCCAAUAUGUGGUGUUUGAUAUGUAGAAAUGAAGUGUACUAUGUAAUCAUUUUUAGUCGGUUAAGGGUGUGUGUGUGUGUGUGUGUGUGUGUGUGUGUGUGUGUGUGUGUGUUACGAUAAGAGCAGGCAGACAAGGGCUAUUAUAUAUACAAACAAAUACAAGGAAUAGCCCAAAUCAUGCACUGCGCCCCUGUACAUAUAAAUAGACAAACAAAUAGAAUGAUAAAUAAACAAAUGAAGAAAGAAAAACUUCAUCGCGUGUGUGGAAGCCAAGUACAAGUCUGGGAGCUAUCAGGAGCAACACAAAUGCAACACAGCCCCGAAGUUUUCCUUACCGAGAACACCACGAAGUUACGAGCCACCGGUGGGAUGGAGUGAACGAAAACCUGUGCAACUGUUUACCCGAUGGAGCGUAAAGCGUUCCCAUAAUGCACCGUUCGGAGGUCAUUAAGUAGCCUAGCGUCUCCACCCGAAAGCGAUAUUAGGCUACAUUUUUUAAGUUGGAUUCUGCUUCUCAUGAUUGAUCGUUUUCAUAGAUAUAGUUACUUCUUUUCACACUCAGUAAUAUGUAUUCUUCUCUAAUUGAUUUGUUUUUCUCAUAAUGCAUCGUUCGGAGGUCAUUAAGUAGCCUAGCAUCUUCACUUAAAACCGAUAUUAGGCUACAUUUUUUAAGUUAGUUUCUGCUUCUCAUGAUUGAUCGUUUUCUCAGAUAUAGUUAUUCGUCUUCAUAUAAAAAGAAGGGUAUUUAUAUUGUAUUCGGUUGUCUGUUUUCACUUCUUUUCACACUCAGUAAUAUGUAUUCUUCUCUAAAUGAUUUGUGUUUCUCAUAAUGCAUCGUUUGGAGGUUAUUAAGUAGCCUAGUAUCUUCUCUCGAAAGCGAUAUUAGGCUACUUUUUUUAGGUUGGUUUCUGCUUCUCAUGAUUGAUCGUUUUCUUAGAUAUAGUUAUUCGUCUUCAUAUAAAAAGGAUAGUAGGGCCGGAACACAAGCAUUGGCUGAGGGAGGAAGAGAGGAGAGAGGAGAUGGAUGCUAGAAGUGGUGGCUUUUGAGACGAUGAGAGUAUACAGACAAGCAGAUAGUAUUUAUAUUCUAUUCGGUUGUCUGUUUUCACUUCUUUUCACACUCAUUAAUACAUAUUCUGCUCUAAAGGAUUUGUGUUUCUCAUAAUGCAUCGUUUUUUACAGAGUCCAUCGUCUUGAGAUCAUAAUUUUUCAUCUCAUUCACGUGAAAACAAGCGUAUCUCUUCUCAUCUAAGCAAAUCGUCUCGAGAUCAUUAUUCAUCUCAUUCACUUGAAAACAAUAGCAUCUUUUUUUAUGGAUAGUGUUUCUUCCUCCUCUGUAUUGUCUGGGGUCAUUCAGUUCUGGACGCAAUCGUUUUUAGAUCAUAUCGUUUUUACGUCGCUUUUCAUCUCCUCCAUCUGAAACGAUCGUAUCCUGUUCAUUGGGCUGUGUUUCUUCUCCUAGGUCAUUCACUCAAGCCAUUCACUUCUAGACUGACUUAAUCGUCUCUAAAUCAUUAUUCAUCUCGAUCUGUAAACAAUCGUAUCUUUCCUAGUGGACUCUGCUUCCUCUCAUAAUGUAUCAGUGUUUAAGGCAGUCAGUUCUCACCCAGUAUUCCUCUAAGACACGAGGCCAAGUCUUCCAUACAAUUAAGAUUAUAUAAUUAAUCCACGCAAAAACUUUAAACAAUUACUUUUCGUUUCUCAGAAAGCAACAACAGUAAAACAAAACGCUUAAAUCAGUAAAGUCUCUAACAGGAAGGCCAGUGAGCGAAGAGUGUGGGUCUGUCUGUCUGUCUGGCGUCAUGGGCUAUUCAGUCUUCCUGGUGCGCAGAUCUGUGUCACGACGCGCGAUGCAUAAUGGAUAGCCGGCGCGAUCCCUUAUCACCGUGCCUCGUCUGUUCCGUCACGUCACAGCACCUCCAGCUGCCUCCCUCCUCAAGGCGAUGCGAGUCUAUUGUUUUGUGUUUUUAUGAUUUUAUGCCCGUCCACACUAGGAAACUUUAUUUGGAAACAUUGCUUCCGAAGACUUAUCAUAAAAUAUUACCACCAGUAACUCUCGUAAUGAGAAAUAGAAUAUUAACUCAAACUCGUAAUUGGAAACAGAAUCUGAACUCCAACUCGUAAAUAGAAACAAAAUUUGAUCACUUUUAAAUCCGAUAAUAAAACAGGAGAACAUAUUUAGGAUACGAUCUCUUAUCAUAAUUAUAAGGUGCUCGAUCUCUUCUGGAUCCCAAGCUGGUCAGUCAUUUGUGUUGCCUCCUGGUCCGCUGCCAAACCCUCGUUGCCCAAAGACCGUAAUAUUAUGUAACGUAGAAGCGUGAAUGUAAUAGAUAAAUAAAUGAUAUAUUAUUGCCUAGA